UUCCUUCCAGUGUUCCGCCUCCUCUGAAAUGAACCGUCGGGAAAAGUGUUUUUAUGACCUCUUAAAGACAUUUUGGUGAUUACGUCACUGGUCCACGAUGCACCCUCAUGUGCUGCGUGGCGGUGCGGGGGCGGCCGUGGCCGCCCGCAGACUGAGCUACAUCCUGCGGACGGUUUUAGGACCAGAGGGUCGGAUCUGGAGGAACCACCAGAUCAAAGUUCUCAGCACGUCAUCAGGUGACACAGUGCGGAUCGGAGACGUUUCCUAUCAACUGAAAACACCUCAGAACCCAGAACUUGUUCCCAUCAAACACAUUUCAGACUCUGUCCCUCAGUCUGUGGCUCAGCACCUGAGAUGGAUCAUGCAGAAGGACCUGCUGGGCCAGGAUGUGUUUCUUAUUGGUCCUCCGGGACCCCUGAGACGCUCCAUCGCCAUGCAGUACCUGGAGCUGACCAAACGUGAAGUGGAGUACGUGUCUCUGUCCAGAGACUCCACAGAGACUGACCUGAAACAGAGGAGGGAGAUCCGCUCAGGAUCAGCCUUUUACGUAGACCAGUGUGCUGUGAGGGCGGCAACACAAGGCCGAGUCCUGGUUCUGGAGGGUCUGGAAAAAGCUGAGCGGAACGUUCUUCCUGUCCUCAACAACCUCCUGGAGAACAGAGAGAUGCAGCUGGAGGAUGGACGCUUUCUGAUGUCAGCGGAGCGUUACGACAAGCUACUGCAGGAGCACAGCAAAGACAUUCUGGACAAUUGGAAGAUUGUCCGUGUCAGUGAGGACUUCAGGGUCAUUGCUCUCGGCCUUCCUGUUCCAAAGUACAAAGGUCACCCACUGGACCCUCCUCUCCGCUCGCGCUUCCAGGCCAGAGACAUCUAUUACCUACCAUUUAAGGACCAGCUGGAGCUGUUGUACACCGCAGGACCAAAUGUUGCUGCAGAAAAGGUGUCCCAGCUGCUGUCAUUAGCCACAACACUCUGUUCUCAGGAAUCUUCAAACCUGGGCCUUCCUGAUUUCCCUCUAGACAUUCUGCUUCCUGCCAUCCAUCUGCUGAAUGUUUUCCCCACGCUGUCCUUCCAGCAGUUUAUCCAGAGACUUUACCCCUACAACAGCAUCCUGGGCAGAGAGGGGCGGACGGCUGUGGAGGGUGUGCUCAGUAGAUUUGAACUUCUGGAUGGUCAUCGCCAGCCAGCAGCCAGUGGCAUUCUGAGCAUUUCCUUGUCUCAGGACCUGGAGGGCCACGUAGAUGUGACGUUAUGUGGAUCUGAGGGGAACGUAACCUUUCAGGUCCCAGCCGGCACCAAGGAGCCCCGCCCACCCAACAGCAACCCUGCCUUCAUCAGUACACCAAGCCACGCCCAGCUUCUGGCUGAGAUGAUACAGUCACACAUGGUUCAUGACUUGUGUCUCAUCGGAGCAAAGGGUUGUGGGAAGUCGGUAAUUGCCAGAGAGUUUGCGGAGAUGUUGGGUUACAGCAUCGAGCCUGUGAUGCUUUAUCAGGACAUGACGGCCAGAGACCUCCUGCAGCAGCGGUACACCCUCCCUAACGGCGACACGGCGUGGAGGCCGUCUCCGCUGGUCACAGCUGCCACUGAGGGCAAGUUACUGGUGCUGGAUGGAAUCCACAGAGUCAACCUGGGAACACUCACUGUGCUUUCCAGGUUGCUCCAUGACAGGGAGCUGGAUCUUUAUGAUGGCACGAGGUUGCUGAGGUUUGACAGAUACCAGAAGCUCAAAGAGCAACUGCAGCUCAGUGACCAGGAACUUCAGGAGAGGUCCGUCUUCCCCAUCCAUCCAUCGUUCCGGGUGCUGGCCCUGGCCGAGCCACCUGUGGUGGGUGCCGGCACGCCUGCCGGCUCCAGUAAGGGUCAGCAGUGGCUGAGCCCAGAGCUGCUCACCAUGUUCCUGUACCACAGUAUCGCUCCGCUGGCAAAAGCAGAGGAGCUCAGCCUCAUCCGGACUCUGACUCCUGGUGUUCCGCAGGAGGCCAUAGAACAGCUGCUGCACCUCAGCCACAGCCUCCAAAACACUGCUGACCCCAUGGGACAGUCUCUGGCUGCGUCUUUGUCCACCAGACAGCUCCUGAGGAUCUGCCGCCGUCUGUCUCAGCAUCCCAAGGAGAGUAUCGGCCGUGCUGUCCAUAAGGCCUGCCUGUCACGCUUCUUGCCCAGUCUGGCUCGGGCAUCUCUCCAGAAGAGUCUUGCACAGUGCUCCAUCGAGGACAAACCCGAUGCUGCAGAACCCACCUGUGACUACGUCUCUACCAUCAUAGACGGUGUUCUGACGAUUGGAAACGUAUCGGCUCCGGUUUACAGCCCCAUUGAAAAAGUCAAAGUUCCCGAUGUGCUGUUUUAUGAUAAUCUUCAGCACAUGAUGGUGAUGGAGGACAUGCUGAAAGACUUUGUUUUAGGAGAGCACCUCCUCCUGGUGGGCAACCAGGGUGUGGGUAAGAAUAAAAUAGCGGACCGCUUCUUACACCUUCUGAACCGGCCCAGAGAAUACCUCCAGCUCCACAGGGACACGACCAUCCAGACACUGACCCUUCAGCCUUCUGUCAGAGAAGGGGUCAUUGUUUACGAGGAUUCGCCUCUGGUGACGGCAGUGAAGCUGGGCCACGUACUGGUGAUUGACGAGGCGGACAAAGCUCCCACGAAUGUCACCUGCAUCCUCAAAACGCUGGUGGAGAGCGGCGAGAUGAUUCUGUCUGAUGGUCGGAGAAUCGUUGCAGAUCCACGUGAGGCCGAGCACAGACCCAACACCAUCGCCAUGCACCCGGACUUCAGGAUGGUGGUCCUGGCUAACAGGCCUGGGUUCCCCUUCCUGGGGAAUGACUUUUUUGGAGCUCUAGGGGACAUCUUUAGCUGCCAUGCUGUGGACAAUCCAAAGCCCCAGGCAGAGCUGGCGAUGCUGAAACAGUACGGCCCCAGCGUUCCCAACGCCACUCUUCAGAAGCUGGUGGCUGCUUUUGGAGACCUGAGGUCCAUGGCUGACCAGGGCACCAUCACCUACCCCUACUCCACCCGUGAGGUGGUCAACAUUGUCAAACAUCUCCAGAGGUUCCCUGGCGAGGGUUUGGCCAAGGUGGUGCGAAACGUCUUCGACUUUGACUCCUACAACAAAGACAUGCGAGAGCUUCUGAUCGAGGCGCUGCACAGACACGGGAUUCCCGUCGGCGCCCGACCCGGUGCUGUCCACCUGGCCAAGGAGUAA